GACGGCUGCAUUGACUGGUCAGUCGAUCUCAACACCUACAUGUCGUUGGCAGGAGAACCUAUCCGAGUAAAAUGUGCCCUCUUUUACAGUUAUAUCAGAACUAAUUACACAAUGGCUCAGAGUGCUGGACUCAGGCUUAUGUGGUACAAAACCAAAGGAGACUUGGAAGAACCUAUUUUAUUUUCAGUGGCUAGAAUGAGCAAAGAUGAUGACUCAUUGUGGAUCCAUUCAGCUGAGGUACAAGACAGUGGAUUCUACACCUGUGUCUUAAGAAAUUCCACAUAUUGCAUGAAGGUGUCUAUGUCCUUGACCGUGGCAGAACAGGAGGUGGGGCUUUGUUACAACAGCAGAAUACGGUAUGUGGAAAAGGCAGAAGUCACAAAAAGAAAAGUGAUCUCAUGCCCUGAUAUUGACGACUACAAAACACCAAAUGAAAGCACAGUUGUUGCAUGGUAUAAGGAAUGUAAGCCAAAGAAAUGGAGAAGCCUGAUAAUACUGAAAGGAAACAGCCUUUUGAUACAAGACGUUCAAAAAGACGAUAUGGGGAAUUAUACUUGUGAAAUAAAGUUUGAAGGCAGACCAAUCAGGCGAACUGUCCAGUUAAAGGUAACAGCUUUACUCACAGCGAAGCCUCCUAAACCAUUGUUCCCUGUGGAGAACCAGCCAAGUGUUAUAGAUGUCCAGCUGGGCAGCCCACUCAGCGUUUUCUGUAGAGCUUUCUUUGGAUUUAGUGGAGAAUCAGGCCCCAUGAUCUAUUGGAUGAGGGGAGAGAAGUUUAUCGAAGAACUGGAGAAUCACAUAAAAGAAGGUGUAAUAAGGUUAUUAAGAGAGCACCUUGGAGAAAAAGAGGUAGAACUGGCACUGACAUUUGAUGCUGUACAAGAAGCAGAUCUGGGUAAUUACACCUGCCACGUAGAAAAUCGAAAUGGCCGCAGACAUGCCAGCAUCAUCCUGAGGAAGAAAGAGUUAAGGUACAACAUGGAGCUUGCUGGAGGUCUGUGUGCAAUUUUUAUUGUAUUCAUUUUGCUGAUCAUAAUCUAUAAAUGCUACAAUGUGGAAUUAAUGCUCUUCUACAGACAGAACUUUGGAAGUGAUGAAGCUGCAGAAGACAACAAAGAAUAUGAUGCAUAUCUCUCAUACACCAAAGUGGAUCCAGACUCUCUAGAUCAUGAGAGCAAAGAGGAAGAACAGUUUGCACUAGAGAUACUUCCGGAUAUCCUGGAAAAACAAUACGGAUACAAACUCUUUGUUCCAGACAGAGAUAUGAUACCCAGUGGCACAUAUAUGGAAGACCUGGCACGAUGUGUGGAGCAGAGUAGAAGGUUAAUCAUCGUGCUGACACCAGAUUAUGUCAUCAGAAGAGGCUGGAGUAUUUUUGUGCUGGACAGCAGACUCCAUAACAUGCUAACCAGUGGUGAAAUCAAAGUCAUAUUAAUAGAAUGCACCAACCUGAGGGGGAAAGUGAAUUAUCAAGAGGUGGAAUCCCUAAAACAUGCUAUCAAACACCAGUCACUCAUCAAGUGGGAUGGUCCAAAAAGCAGCAAACUUAAUUCAAAAUUUUGGAAGCGUUUGGUCUAUGAAAUGCCCACAAAAAAGAAAGAAGUACUAUCCAGGCAGCAUGUAAUGGAUAUCGGGGAACAGAGUCUUUUUGGAGACUUGCAAACUGUACCCUCCAUUGCCAUGACAGGGACAUCUGGCACGCUGGCACCAGCCCAAGAAAUUACCAGUUACCACCAUGCAGAGGCCAUGCAAAUGAGACAUUUCUGCAGGGCUUAUGAGAAACCAGCUCCGCCUUUGCCAGUGGCACCUCUAGGCAAUCACCAUACAUAUUGCAACAUACCAUUAACGCUGCUCAAUGGACGCCUGAACCACAACAGCGUGGGUAAAGAACCACAGGAGUAUCAUGGCAACAAUACUCUUAUACCAUUCACUUCAAGAGAGCUUGGUAUUUCCAGUGAUAUCUGGUAAUGCAAUAGACCUGGUAAAGACAUAGACCUGUUUUUUUUUUUUUUGCUGCUGUACAAGCUCUCAGAAGUUUUAAUGAACCUUAAAUUCAUGCCACAGGAGUGCCAAAACAAGCGUAUAAGCAGUGGCACAUUUACUCAGUUUUCUACUGGAACGAUUUGUUUACAACAACAAAAUAUUGAUAUCUACUUUUCUUUUUUAGUUUCAACAUAGUUAUAAGAACUACAGUG